CUGCGGCUGCGCAGAGUGGUGGGGGUAAGAGGGGGGCGAGGAUUUCAAAACCCAGAAAGAGACGCGGUGGCGUUGGCACAGCUCUCAGCCAUAAUAGCGAGCUGGACUCUCAGCCUGGAGACGAGAGGAACUGGGCUGUGCUUCAUUACAACGUUUACUUCAGCUUGGAUUCUGUUAAACCACUCAAGUAAAAUUAAUUUCACGUAGCCUACAUUUUAUUGGUUGUUCAAGAAAACAUUUAAAAAUGAUAAAUCAAGAUUAUGAACGCCGGCUUCUUCAGCAAACUGAAAAGGCUUGUUGGAGUCCAUCAAUGUCUCCAGUUAAAACACCAACCAAAGAGAGCUGCAGCUACAUGGAUAGAAUUGGGACUCCACCUCCUUUUUCGCCCCCACCAUUUUCCUCUCCGCAGUUUGGCUCACCAUCUCGGGGGCCAACAAAUGGUGACAGAUUCAUACCAGCACGUGCAGGCAACAAUUGGCAAACACAGUUUGCCAUGAUAGCUGACAAUUCACCUGGGAAAAAGUUACGCGAGAAUAGUGAUGCCUCAAGAGAAAAUCGGGAAUGCAGAGACAGUGCUGCUUAUGUUUGUUUGUUAAAAAAUGAACUGUUGCAAGCUGGCAUUGAAGACAUGAAAGGACAGACUGAUGACCGUCGAGCUCUUGCCCCACUUCAUGGAGGAAACCUAUUUCAAUAUUCAACACCAACAAAGCGCCACAAUUUCACUUCGCCGUACUCUAUUUCUCCUGUCAGUGCCCGAAGUCAAAAACUACUCAGAUCACCUCGCAAAGCAACACGCAAGAUAUCAAGAAUACCAUUUAAGGUUUUGGAUGCGCCAGAGCUUGGAGAUGAUUUUUAUUUGAAUCUUGUUGACUGGUCUGGCCUUAAUAUUUUAAGUGUGGGUUUGGGAACAUGUGUUUACUUAUGGAGUGCUUGUACAAGUCAAGUUACCCGUCUUUGUGACCUGUCAGGGGACUCAAACUCUGUUACAUCUGUAGCUUGGAAUGAAAGGGGAAACCUUGUAGCAGUUGGGACACAUCUGGGAUAUGUACAAAUCUGGGAUACUGCUGUCAGCAAGAUGGUCAACAAACUGCAAGGUCAUUCUUCCCGUGUUGGAGCUUUGGCUUGGAAUGGAGAUACUCUUGUGUCAGGAAGCAGAGAUCGCCUUAUUAUGCAAAAAGAUGUCAGAACCCCGUCCAUUCUUCCAGAAAGAAGGCUUGUUGGUCACCGCCAAGAGGUGUGUGGUUUAAAAUGGUCUCCCGACAAUCAGUAUUUAGCUUCUGGUGGAAAUGACAAUCGUCUCUAUGUUUGGAACCUCCAUUCUCUUUCACCUGUUCAAACAUACACAGAACACGUAGCUGCAGUUAAAGCAAUUGCUUGGUCUCCUCACCAUCAUGGGCUGUUAGCUAGUGGAGGAGGAACAGCUGACAGAUGCAUUCGUUUUUGGAAUACAUUGACAGGACAGCCAAUGCAAAGUGUGGAUACAAACAGCCAAGUUUGUAACCUUGCCUGGAGUAAACAUUCCUCUGAACUUGUAAGCACCCAUGGUUAUUCACAAAAUCAAAUUCUUGUGUGGAAAUACCCAAGUCUUUCGCAAGUUGCGAAACUCACUGGUCACUCCACAAGAGUUCUAUACCUUGCAAUGUCUCCUGAUGGGGAGGCCAUUGUAACCGGAGCAGGUGAUGAAACUCUACGAUUUUGGAAUGUUUUUAGCAAGACUAGAUCUCAAAAGGAAAACAAAUCAGUUUUAAACUUAUUUUCAAGUAUUCGAUGAUUUCAAGAGCUCAGUAGCUUCCUGUUAAAUAGUUAUCAUCAGAAGACAAAAGGACCAAAUAAUUUAAAUUUGAGGAAAGUGAUUAACAGUUUCUUCAGGAUGCGUGUUCUAAUAUUGUUCAGAAUUUAUUGUAAAAUUUAUUUAAUUCAUUCAGUUCUAAACUUAUUUAUCUGUGUGUACAGCCUAGUGAUGGAAAAUGUGCAAUAGUCUAUUGAAGGAAAUGCUUUGGCAAGUGGAUCUAUGUUCCUUUGGUAAUAAGCUGGAGUCUAAACUGUUAUGCUUUGCAGGACAAGACUUUCAUUUAAAGAUUUUAAAAUCACUUUUGGUGAGACCUGCUCAUGCCUACCACUUAACUUUUAAAAUGUACUUAAAUUGUCGUCAUUGUCAUUUAUCUAUUAUUUUUCUGCCUUUAUCUUACACCCAUAUCAUUUGACUUAGAGAACAUAGUACAAGCUAAUCAGUUGGGUUGUCCCAAACAUUUUCUAUAGCUCUUUUUGUAUGUCCUGCCUAGAAAAUCAAUCAUGCUGUCCCUAUCUCUAACAUUUCUACUGGAUUUUGCAUUGACUUCACAAUUUUUACUUUACAACCUUAUCAGCUAGAGAAUUUGGCAUGUUUCUGUAUUUUCAGAUUUGUGGUGAAGGCCAAGCAAGCUUGGACCUUUAUCAAUCUGGUUAUGCAUCGUAACUUUCUGUUCUCCAUUGCCACUCGUAUGACCGGAAAUAGUUAACUUUUUGUGAUUUUAUUUUUAAGUUUUAACAAUUAGAAAUGCAUUUAUUACUUAUAGCAUUUCAAUUAUUUAAUUUUCUUUUAAAAUGCGGUCUUAGAUCUAAGUAAGCAGUUAUGUAAAAAUUCAAAAUGGCUUGUGGUAAGUCACAAGCCAGUGAGGGUAAUCAAGAUACAUCAGCAAUUGUAUUGUUUCUUUUUAUUUGUUUUAAGACAUUGUUUAUUGUCUUUAUUGUUUGUUUAUUUCUUCAUUCUUUCAAUUGAAUCUUUAUUGAAGUUUUUUUUUUUAAAUGGCAAAUGUAUGCAUGUUAGGGUUUGUCACUCUCUUGUCCUUUUGACAUCCAUUAUUUCUCAUUUGGAUGAGUAUUUAUUCAAUUCUAAGUCCACCAAUUUUAUCUUAUUUUGAAACAAAAAGGAGUGAGGCUUAAAAUCAAGUGUCCAUUUUUCAAAGGUUUUGUUGGAGUCUUUCUUGUGACUCCCCUUUAAAAUUUGGGGCACAGAUUUGUGUGCAGCAUAGAAUUGAAUACAUACACUAAGUCACAAUAGAAUUGGCAAUCGAGCUGUGCAUGAUUUUAUAAAUAGAAAGGUUCUGUGAUGUCCAUUCGUCCAUCUUAUGCGAUGAUUGUGGACACAUGCUAGUCAUAAUAGGUUUCCCUUUUUAUUUGUUAGGAGUCUUGAUGCUUUUUUGGUGCUGUGUACUGCAUCUAGCUAAUGCAUCAAUUCUAUACCUGAACAUACUCAAAUGAAUCAUGCACAGUUGCUCUAACGUCAAAAAUGUGUUUAUACUGAUUGUUAAUGCAAAUAAAGAAUACAUAUGUAAUGAAA